GACAAAUAUAUUAUAUAGCUCUGCUCAGAGUCUCAGACCUGUGAGUUGUGGGUGUGGACACCUUGCUGCUUCACCACACUCUCUGAGUUGCUGCUGCUCUUUCUCUCCUUCCACAUUUCACAAUUCCUUCUCUGCUUUGAGUUUUGUGUGCCAUUAAAGUUUGGAGAGAGAGAGAGAGAGAGAGAGAAGGCAAAGCCAUGGAAACCAACUCCAACUCAGUUUCCAAGCUGGGUUUUUUCAUGGGGUUGUUUUUGUUGCUGGGUUUUCAGCUGGUUCACUGUACUGUCACAUAUGACAGGAAGGCCAUUGUGAUUAAUGGGCAAAGAAGAAUCCUAAUUUCUGGUUCAAUACAUUACCCCAGAAGCACUCCUGAGAUGUGGGAGGAUCUGAUUCAGAAGGCAAAAGAAGGAGGGCUUGAUGUGGUUGAAACCUAUGUGUUCUGGAACGUGCAUGAGCCUACUCCUGGCAAUUACAAUUUUGAAGGGAGGUAUGAUCUGGUGAGGUUCCUCAAGACCAUACAGAAUGCAGGGCUCUAUGCUCACCUUCGCAUUGGCCCUUAUGUUUGUGCAGAGUGGAACUUUGGGGGUUUUCCUGUGUGGCUGAAGUAUGUUCCAGGCAUCAGCUUCAGAACAGACAAUGAGCCUUUCAAGAGGGCAAUGCAAGGGUUCACAGAAAAGAUUGUGGGACUGAUGAAGAGUGAAAAUUUGUUUGAGUCCCAGGGUGGUCCCAUCAUUCUCUCUCAGAUUGAGAACGAGUAUGGAGCACAAAGCAAGUUACUUGGAGCUGCUGGCCAUAAUUACAUAACUUGGGCGGCAGAAAUGGCGGUUGGGUUGGACACCGGAGUGCCAUGGGUGAUGUGCAAGGAGGAAGAUGCUCCAGAUCCAGUGAUAAACACAUGUAACGGUUUCUACUGUGAUUCUUUCUCUCCCAACAAGCCCUAUAAACCUACAAUUUGGACGGAGACAUGGAGUGGAUGGUUUACGGAGUUUGGAGGUCCAAUUCACCAACGACCAGUUCAGGAUUUAGCAUAUGCAGUUGCGAGAUUCAUACAGAAAGGAGGAUCAUUUGUUAACUAUUACAUGUACCACGGGGGUACUAAUUUUGGACGCACAGCCGGGGGCCCUUUCAUCACUACCAGCUACGACUAUGAUGCUCCAUUAGAUGAAUAUGGUUUAAUCAGGCAGCCAAAGUAUGGCCAUCUAAAGGAGCUUCACAAGGCUAUUAAGAUGUGUGAACGGGCUUUAGUAUCAGCGGAUCCAAUCAUCACUUCACUGGGGAGUCUUCAACAGGCUCAUGUGUACACUUCCGAAUCAGGAGAUUGCUCGGCAUUUCUUUCAAACCAUGAUUCCAAUUCAGCUGCGAGAGUGAUGUUUAAUAACAUGCACUACAACCUACCUCCUUGGUCCAUCAGUAUCCUUCCUGAUUGCAGAAAUGUAGUCUUUAACACUGCAAAGGUUGGAGUUCAAACGUCACAAAUGCAAAUGUUGCCAACAAAUAUUCCAAUGCUAUCAUGGGAGAGUUAUGAUGAAGAUCUUACUUCUCUGGAUGACAGCUCAACAUUGACCGUUCCUGGUCUACUGGAACAGAUAAAUGUCACGAGGGAUAGUACUGAUUACCUCUGGUACAUAACUAGCGUCGAUAUUGGUUCAUCUGAGUCCUUCCUGCGUGGAGGGGAACUCCCAAGUCUUAUUGUUCAAUCAACAGGCCAUGCUGUGCACAUCUUCAUUAAUGGGCAGCUUACAGGUUCUGCCUUCGGAACAAGGCAGAGUAGGAGAUUCACAUAUACUGGCAAGGUCAAUCUACGUGCCGGAACAAACAGAAUUGCACUACUGAGUAUUGCCGUUGGAUUACCUAAUGUGGGCGGACACUUUGAGGCUUGGAAUACUGGCAUCCUCGGCCCUGUUGCACUUCAUGGACUUGACCAGGGAAAAUGGGACUUAUCUUGGCAGAAGUGGACCUACCAGGUCGGAUUGAAAGGAGAAGCCAUGAAUCUUGCAUCUCCAAAUGAUUUUUCCUCCGUCGAAUGGAUGAGCGGAUCAUUAAUUGCACAGAAACAGCAGCCAUUGACUUGGCACAAGACUAUUUUCAAUGAACCAGAAGGAAACGAGCCAUUGGCUUUGGAUUUGGAGGGAAUGGGAAAAGGCCAAAUAUGGAUUAAUGGACAGAGUAUUGGGAGAUACUGGACUGCAUUUGCUAGUGGUAAUUGCAAUGGGUGCGGUUAUGCUGGAGGGUUUAGGCCUACAAAGUGUCAAUCGGGUUGCGGCCAACCCACACAACGAUAUUAUCAUGUGCCUCGAUCUUGGUUAAAGCCAACGCAAAAUCUGUUGGUUCUUUUUGAGGAACUUGGAGGGGAUCCCUCCAGAAUUUCUCUAGUAAAGAGAGCUGUGAGCAGUGUUUGCUCUGAGGUUGCUGAAUACCACCCAACAAUCAAGAAUUGGCACAUCGAAAGCUAUGGAAAAGCAGAAGACUUCCACAGCCCCAAGGUUCACUUGCGGUGUAACCCAGGCCAGGCUAUCUCUUCCAUCAAAUUUGCUAGCUUCGGAACACCCUUGGGAACCUGUGGGAGCUACCAACAAGGAACUUGCCAUGCGACCACAUCAUAUUCUGUAUUGCAGAAGAAGUGCAUAGGGCAGCAGAGUUGUGCAGUCACCAUAUCCAACAGCAACUUUGGAGAUCCAUGUCCGAAUGUGUUGAAGCGGCUGUCAGUAGAAGCUGUUUGUGCUCCCACAACUUCAACGAACAUGGAACCCAAUUUGCGGGGUUAGUGAAAGAGUGAGAUAACGUAUCAUAAUUGUUGCACCCUAAUUCCUUAAUUAUACACCACAGCAAGAGAAGAAGCGAGCAAACAAGAAUAAGAUAUCGAGUACAGCGAGAUGGUAGAUGUAGUUAGGAGGAGUGCCAUAGUUUUUUCUUCUGAUGAAGAGGAGUCGUAGUAGCAGCGCUUGGCGAAGGGUAAUUCAUAUUCGGAGUUAAAGCGCAAUUAGCUGUUAAUUUAAGUAAGCUUAAAGGACUUGUGUUAGUAGUGAUCUUGUUACUUAGGCGAGUUUGUAGAUACCUCGGGGUUCAACAAUUCGGACCCUAGGGGGAGUCAGGCUCCGGUCCCCGGCCUUUUAACGGGAUAUAUGGGCACUGGGAAAUGAUGUGUUUUUCUGUUGAGUGUUUUUACUGUUCGUGUAGGUUUGGGGAAAAAAGGAUACCCCAAAUCCAAUAAGGUAAAUGUAGGUUCAUGUUGGGAGAGGAUCCUAGUGUGACACCAUUUGUUUACUGUGCAGAUUUCAUGAAUGAAAAGAAUCAAAGUCUGUGUUGUCCA